AUGGAGCCGAUGGGUAGUGCGAAGAAGAAGAAAAAGGCGGAGAAGAGUCGAAAAUCGGAAAUAAUCCAAAUAAAACUUCAAAUCGCAAAGCCGGGCAGCAAAAAGUACACUCAUUUGGAUUGGAAUGAGAUGUUAAGGGAAAAUGGAAAACAACGAGACGAGGAUGAGCUGCGACGAUUCUACGAUGAGGAUACGUUGUUUAUGGCGAAAAAGCUCAGCGAAACGAAAUCAAAGUCCGGCAAGAAGAUACGAGUGAAUUUGGACGAAAUUCAGCACAUGAACCGGAAUUGUGGCUAUGAUAUGGACGAUGAUUUUAUCGAUGACACAGAAGCGGUCGAUGACUCGGUAUUUGCCUCAAAAAAGGGCGGAUUCUAUGCGGGACGUGGUGAGCUCAAGGCUCAAAAUGACGUUGACGACGAGGACGAUGAGGACGACGAUGAUGAGGAGGAGGAGGAUUCAGAUGACGGAGGAGCACAGAUUCAAGAGAAAAAGCAGAAAAAUCAGCAGAGGAAGCCACUAAAAGAGCAGCAGAAGAAGAAGAAGACGUCAGGCGAAUCGGAAUCGUCGUCGUCGGAUUCAGAUGCGGAACGUCCGAGACUCGCCGGUGGGCCGCCGACCAUACGAAUGGCCGGCGGACCGCCGAAUGGAAAGAGACCAGCGCCGCCGGUGGUCCCUGGCGUCAGAGCUUCAGAUGCUGCGGUGCCGACGAUGAAGACUGCCACGUCAUCAAGCUCAUCAGACAUUGUUUGUUUGGAUGACGACGGAGAGCCACCAGCCAAGAAGAAGGCAACAGCUGCUACAGUAACCCUGAAGAAGGGCAGGAUGGAUGAGGAUGAGCAUACUGCCACGACAUCAACUUCAAAUGGAAUCCCAACCGUUCCGAAACUGUCUCCCCAGAAGACGACGACGUCAUCUGAAUCCCCAACGUCUUCUACAUCUACCCAGAAGGCGCUGACAGCAGAAAAAGCGUCGAAACUGUUCGAUCGUCUGAAAUCACUGGGAAAUCGAUUCAAAGAAUCGAAAUCGACGAAUUUCGACGAUGAAACGAUGGAAAUCAUCAGGAAGUACUACGAUUUGAUCAAUAAUUCGACUGGUGAGAGAGUCAAUGUCGAACCACUGAUCUAUACGAUUGCAACGAGUUUCGGAAUCACUUCUGAGCAAGUUAUGAAGCAGAUCACGCACGCGAUGCUCAAAAAAGAACCAUCAACACCAUCGAAAACUACAGUAACCGCAACUACAGUAACCCCAGCGCCACACGAACAAAUCGAUUGGAAAUUGACGCCGAACGAGCUGCCGUCGAUGAGUGAGAUGGAUUUACAAAUGUUGACGACGAUAGUCAAAUCGUGGGUCGCCAAGAAGAAAUUGACGACGGAACUGAUGAAAAAAUGGAUCGACGAGGCGAAUCGGCUGAAAUUCAGUGCCGAUCAGGCUAGAUUGAAGUUCUACGAAUUGGUACAAUCCGCGCCAGAUUUGGAUAAGACAACGCAGCAGCAGGAGAAUGGAAACGAGAUGCCGAAACACGAGCGGUCCCGAAAAGCGCGAAUGUUCCUGCAUCAAUGGGUCUAUCUAUCUCGGAAAUACGUUGAAAUGAUACUGCCGACUCUGAAGAAGGACCAACCGACGGACCAAUUGGCACAGAAACAAUGGCUGCUCCGCCUCGCCGACGACGCCGUCUACACAUUUCAAUUCUCGGAGCCACGCCGCCAUCCACCCGUAUCUCGAAGAUCUAGUGGAUUAUGCCCUGGCAAAUGGCAAGCUGGACGUCGCAGUGACGGGAAUAGACACUCUCCAUCAUGUCAUAGAGGAGAAAAUCACCAAGAUUCAAUUCUACAUCGAAAUCUGUCGACGUCUUCAGAAAUUAUCGUUUUUGGCCGUCGAGGAGCCGAUGAAAUCGAGAUUAAGGCAGGCGAACGAGGCGAUUGUCAAGCAUCAAGUGGUCCAGAAUCAGAAAUAUCAAAUAAAUGGCCGAACGGAAUGGAGGAACCGUCUCUAAGGGGAUUGAACCGCGAGCUUCAUGAUUUCACCCGUUCGGUGCUGAAACGUGGUGUCGGUCGACCAUCGUUGGGUCUGAAAACACCUUCUUCAUCCCCAGUCAAAUAUACACUUUCCAAAACUUCUGGAUUUCCAUCGCUGAAAAAGACGACGACGUCUUCUGGAAUCGUUGUCAAGCCUUCUGGAGCGCCGACGUCAUCUGGAGCGCCUUCUAAACCACUAGGAGCUAUCGUCACGCCUUCAAAGCCUUCAGGAGCCACAACGCCCUCUGGAAAUGGAUCCUCUGGAGCGGCCGCCGUAAAGUCAUCUGGAAUCUUCUCGAAGCCUCCAGGAGUCGCGACAACGACGUGUUCUGGAGUCACUGCGACGUCUUCUAAACCCACCACGUCUUCUGAAUCGAAAAAUUCAGAAGACGUCGCCUCAAAGCAACGUCUCCAAGCGAUGAAUCAACUGGUUCAGGUAUACCUGGGGAAAUACGUGCUGGCGACUGGCAAUUCGACAACUGCUGAAAUUUGCGAUUCGUCGAAAUAUCCGAUAUCAGAGGAAAUGCUAACGCUCCUAGUGAUUGCUGUUUACUCGUGUGGCGUUCCAAUGGCGAGUCAAAUGACAAUGUUUAAAAACAUUCUCUCGAACGUGGGACAAACUCGAAUGGCGGCGGCAAUUGCGUCGCAGCGAAUACAACAAGCUCAAAAGAUGACGGAAGAGAACUAUGUGAAACUUUUCGAGUAUUUUUCGAAGUUGGAAAAAUCGGCAGAAGAGAAAAAGAAGGCUGAGCAAUUGGCGAGGCUGGAGAAGAUUCAGGAGGAAAAUAGGAAGAAACAAGAAGAAAAAUUAAGAAAAGAACACGAAAAACAAGCGGAAAAAGAGAAAAUCGAAGCGAGAAAACGGGAAGAAAAGGAGCGGAAAGAGCGAGAAAAACGAGAAGAAAAAGGAGAAAAGAGCGGGAAAUUCGAGAAAUUUCUGAGAGAAAAAGAAGGGAAGAAGAGGAUCGGAUUCAGGCGAAACGGUUAUUGGCACAACAGGAAGAGGAUCGACGCAGGAAGAGAGAAGCAGAGGAACAAGUGCAAAAAGAGAUUGAAAGAAGAGCCAAAAUGGAAAAGGAGGCGGCCGACGCUCUUCAAGGACUCGAAGAGGAUCUUCUCAUGGACGACGUCGAUUUUUUGUCAGAGCAACAGAGCAAAGUUGAUGAGAAAAAUGGCUGAAGCCAAGAGAGCCGAAGAGCGAGAGAAUCAGAUAAGGAUGAUGAGAGCGCAGCAGGCGCAGAGACGCAGAGAAGAUACACCACCGCCACCACAAAUGACUACAGUACCUCAGAAUACGCCAAUGGACAUUCUAAACGCCGCUCAGGAAGCAGCUGGACUGGAAUCCUACAGCACUGUAAAACAGGAAAUUCCAGAAAAACCAGAAAAACCAAUGAGCGCUUUUGAGAAAUUAGCCUCACUUCGUGUGCGGACCCAAUCUGCGGAUAUGAAGAGAGGAAGCGAGAUUCAGAAUCCAAUUCAAAAUCCAAUCCAAAAUUCCCUAUUUUUGCCAUCAAAUCCCCCUACUCCACAGUUCUUCCCUACCGUAACCCAACCACUGCAACAUAUGGACCCUCCUCCGGCCCCAAAUUUCGGUCAGAAUCCCAAUUUUCAACGUCAGAAUUCCUCUCAGAGUCAUCACAUUCCCGCACAGACCCCUCAAUUUCUUCCCCAACAACCCCAAGUCUUUCAACAACGCGGACCCAUGUUUCCAGAAAAUGGAAAUGGCCAAAAUAUGAACAUGCAGCAAUCUAAGCAAGGAUCCACUAUGAACCAAUCUCCACAAACCCUACAACAUCAACAGUACCCAACCAAUUCUUAUCAAUCUCCAAUUCCAAACUCGAUGAGCAAUUCCUCUCUAAUGCACACACCACUCAGCAAUAACUCGAUGGUUUCUCAAAGUCCCCAUCAAUUUUCAUCUCAUCCGUCCCCCAUGUCCCAACAAUACCAAACGCCACCGUCAGUUGGAAUGAUUAAUCAUGGAAUGGUCCAAAGUCCAAUGCCAAACCAAUCACCGCUUCAACAUUUCAACUAUCCAACGUUCUCACCACAACGAGUACAACAACCACCACAAAUGCAACAAAUGCAUCGCCAGCAAAAUUUAAGCCAACAAAAUUUGAUGAUGAUGCAGCAGCAGCAACAAAAUUCAAACCAAAUGAUGCAUCAAAUGAACCAUCAUAACAACUACCCACCACAACAACAAUAA